GUCAUUUGUCAUUCAAAAGGGGGCUGCGGUAUCUACCCUGUCAAGCAAAAUGGCUCACGUUGUAGGCCCCGAGGUGGUAAAAUACGCGUGCACUUGCGGUCUUUUAAAAUCAAUCUCUUCGCUUUACUUUUGUCGCUAUUGUUGCCAGCUCCGCUGCGGCUUCUGUGUUUGUCAUGAGGUGGACUCCCACUUCUGCGGGAAAUGUUGCGAAAAUUUACCCUCGUCCGAAGCUCGUUUGAAAAAAAAUAGGUGUGGCAACUGCUACAUCUGUCCUAGUUGUCAACAAGAACUGUCAACGCGCAUCGGGUCCAAGGGCCCCUCGAAUCCCGAAGACCCUAAAUCCACCCCCAAGAAAAUGUACUAUUUGUCGUGUUUGUACUGUCGCUGGAGUUCUCGCGAUGUGGGUAUUCCAGACCAGUCGGCGGCGACUGGCGGCUGGCCUGACCGCGAAAAUGUGAACGCGAAUAGGCUGCAGGAGAUCAUUGAAAUGUACAAGGCCAUGGUUUUGGCGGAGAAGCAGCAGAAAGAAAAGGAUAAGAAAAAGCAGCGAGGAAAAUAUUUGAGUUAUACUGAUCGGACUGGAGUGACGGCGGCUGCGUUGCGGAAAAGAAUCGGGCUUCCAGUGGACAUUCAGCAUUCGCUUUUAAAGGCUAAGCCAAAGGAGCCAGAGCCGGCGAUUGCUAAAGAAGACGUGGAGGAUUUGCCGGAAGAAUUGUUGACAAAGCCUGUGAAUUUAACAGAGGUUACAACAAUCGAACAGAGGUUGCUUCAGAUUGAUCUGCAGCCCACUACAGUGGAGAAAUUAUUCCCAGUUCAUAAGCAGCUCUCCAUUAAACGUUCCUUGCGUUGUCGCUCGUGCGAGCACAAUGUGAGCAAGCCUGAGUAUAACCCGAAUUCUGUGAAAUUCAAAAUCCAACUAUUCGCUUAUUAUCACGUCCCUGAAAUUCGCAUUGUCACGGUUGAACCUCUCCGAGCGGGCCGACCGUCUGAACUUAUCAUAAAGUUCACAAAUCCAACUCAGCACCAAACUACGAUCACUAUUCUGUCUUUAGUCCUCUCAGGCGAUGAGAGCGAAGUUAAAGAGGAAACAGGCGAUCAGCCAAGUUUGCCACAAGAAAAACAACCACCAUCAUUGUCUAGCCAACCCAGCAGCUUAUUGAGUCUCUCGUCGCGACAACCAUCCAUAACCAUCAAACCCAGACCCGUUUCUCAAGAAGUAAAUGCCGACGUCGCGAUACCAUCGAGUAAGGUGAUUUUGCCGCCGCGAGAUGACGCAGCGGAGUAUGACGAUUCAGGAGACACCCAUAAUAUACAGGAUGAUCCUAAGUUGGUAGUGUGGAGAAAAUCGAAUAAGGCGUUUGUCAAGUUGUUGGUGACACCAAAGCAAGGUUUGGCUCUUAACAGUGAAAUUGUGGCUGGAUUCACUAUGCAGCAUAUUUACACAAAUACUAUUGCUACAACUGUGGAGAAUAGAGAGCCUGACAAACAUGACCAUAAUAUUAGGGUUUUUCUUACUUUGGGAAAUUUGGUAGGGUUUGACUAAGACAUAACCUAUUUAUUACAAGUAUGCUUUAAGCAAGUAAUCUAUUUUUCUAUAAUUUAUAUUAUUUAAGUUAAUAAAAUUGUGUAGCUUUUCUUAAUAUAAUAAUUCUAACA